CCAGUGAAAUGGCCACUGAUAACAUCAUCAUCAUCAUCAUCAUCGCCAUCAUAACCACCAUCAUCGCUAUCGUUAUCCUCGGCUGUCUAACCUACAUUUUUCCAGCGCUUCCUGGUGGGCGUGCGCUCAAAUUUAACAAGCUGCUCCAUUAUUUAUUGCGGUUAAAUUGCAAAAACACAGCAGUCAAAACAAGAAAACUAUACAGUGUACAGGUGUAGGUGUGUGUGCACUGAGAGGAUUUUGGUGGUGGCUUCAAAGUCUAGUGAUUAGUUGCGAUGAAGAAACUAAUUGGCUUGCUGGACUAUUUUCCACUUGACUUUGGAUUUUCAUCGUAUUGGGUAUAUGAUGGGACUUCUUAUCCUACGUUUUCUAAAGUGUUUAUUCGGGCACCCCGCAAAUAACACCUUCACGAAGCUCUGGGGAUUGCGGCUACGCCACUGCGGCCCCCUGGCUCCUGAACCCAUGCUCCUGGCUGCAUGUUCCAGGUUCCGGGCUCCUGGCCCUCUGCCUCUCAAUUCCUGGCUGGCAUCCUGCUGGCUUCGCUUCCGACGCGUGUAUUGUUUCGUAAUUACGCCGCAAAUGGGCGGGGUCAUGGGUCGGCGGACGCAGCACCUUGUACGCCCACAUGGGAGCCCGUGCUCGUGGUAGGUGCAACCAAUUUUCACUUUCAUCCAUGAUUUAUGUGCUCACCGCCCGCGUUGCCUUACCCAAUGGAUGCAGUUUUAAAGUUAAUAAAGGCAGCGGCGGGCGCUGCUUGUAAUUGCUGGAGAGUGCCAAUUAUUUUCAGCUGUCUGGUGAAUGAACAUGAAUCGAUUUCACUUUUGCUUUUAAAAAACCGUUUCGUUUCAUAAUUUUAUCGAUCCUUUUUGGCGCUGCCACUGUUGAUCGCCAAGUGCUGCCACUUGUAUAUUCUGCGGCAGCGUUGCCAGAUGCUGUUAUGUCAUUGACAUAUGAGCGUUUGUUGUCACUGGCUUGUUGUUGUUGAAAUUUAAAAAGUGUAAAUAUCCUGAAGAAUAUUAAAAACAUUUACAUUAAGCGCUCGAAAAAGGAGUAGUAUGGCUACAUCGCCAGAUGUGCGAACUCCGGGCUGCUGCUCACCCUUGCGCACCAAGGAAUUGCUGGAAAGGCAGAGGUCCAGUAGGUGUACCCCCGGAAAAGGAUAUCUAACCCCACGAAACUGCCAGAGCCCCAAAAAGCCAGAGAUGCGGAUACCUUCCGUAAUCGUCACCGAUGCCGAGUUCGGCUUGGAGCGCCCUAAUCAAUUGCUACAGCGUCUGGAGAGAUCACUAUUUCGAUCUUCCUCUGCUUCCAAAGUGCCAUCGAAAAAUGCAUUGUUGGCAUCCCAAGGCAGACAGCGCACCUGGGAAGGACCCAAAACCCCAGAGCUCCGCCGUACCAACAAAACCGUACCCUCUUCGGAACCUCGUCCAAAACGUUCUAAGGAACUACUGGAGGAUCUUAGGUCCACGCAUCGAGGAGCUUCUGUCACGAAAUUAGCGACCCAAUUCAAUAAGGAAAACCAAGAACUUUCAAAGAGCCCUGCAUUCAUACCAUCCUCGGAGCCACAGCCUAUCCGCCCAAAAUUGAUCCUCGAACGGGAGCGCCAAGAGUCUAUAACCAAUCGGUUGGCAUCAACUUCCAUUGACCGCCUAAAGACAAAGCCACCAAGGACGAGUUAUACAUCGAGCAGGCUGCUGGUGCCUCAGAUGGGAUUUUCGUACCCCAAGGAUCCGAAAAGGCUUCAUGAAUCCAGCAGAGCAAUCAAGCUGACCACCUCAAAGCGAAAGUUGGACUUCAAAACUGAGCUGCGCACCGAUUUGCUGCGGCGGGAGCUGGAAAAGAUUGCAAAGGAAUGGCGGAAAAAGACGGACUUCCAGUUACGUCAGCUUAUCUCGGAUUUUGUGAAACAACUAGUGCGCCUCCUAGCCUUUAAUGGGAUAACAUUUUCGCAUCUUAGCAGGGAUUGUUAUGUGCAGCAGAUGAUGGAGGCACUGCAGCAGCUGCACUACACCAAAAAGGUGAACAAAAGCUGGCUUCAAACGCCGAACAGCACACAAGCCAUCGCCCAUGUGCUGGAAUUACUCAAUUUCUUGUUGGGUGUCCUCGAACAUCGAAAAGGGGAAGGCAUGUGUGUGCUCCCUGUUGUUUCUGAAAAGCAGAGAAUUGAACAACUUGCAUCGGCAUCUGGUACAUCUUAUGAUGUAAUGAGCCUGCAACAGAAGUUUGAAAACAUAAAAAUAAAGAAGGAAAGUUUAAACAAUUACCAAGCAUCCCCCAAGUCAGAAUCCCCCGCAUACAAGGACAUGGAUAAAGUAAGGGAGCGGAAUGGAAAUCAGGACUUCGCCAGACUCCUAGAUUUCCAGAAAGAGACCCAUCAUGAACUCCACCUGCAUCGCCUGCGCCUUGAGGAGUUUUCCGAGCUCGUGAGCCUCGCCGUGAUAAAACUAAAACGCUGUCAUGAGGGCAAUAAGCAAAGCAUUCAAGCCUUUAAUGAGCAAAUACAAGACUUGGCCGACUCCGUGGUUUUGAGAAACAGAAAUGUCGGCCUUUUAACCCAGUUACAUUUGAACGAAAAUCCCGGGCAGAAGCAGUUACACGAACGACUGGAGCAACUGCAGCGACUGUAUGAGGAUAAUUAUUCAAAUCUUCUACAGUUAAACAUUAGGCCGCCCCAGGAAAAGCCUUGAGCGAACAUAAGCCACAUCCCUCAUUGAAUUCCAGUUAAUUUAAGCAAAUAUUUGCGUGUUACGUAAGUUGCACACUGAACCCACCGCCUAAGCUCCUGGCUUAGUAGUAGUUCUUCGAAUUUCACAGAUUUAUUUAAUUGAAUUUAUCAACUGAAAGUCUCGGCAAUGUCCUGGCCUGGAUUUAAGUUCGUGUAAUUGACAUUUAAAUGAGUCAUCGACAGCUUGGCUACACUAAGUCAAAGGAAAUAGCUGCAAAGUUAAGCAGCUUGGCUUCGAUUUGCCUAAAUAUUUAAAAUUGCAGUACCAUUUUAUUGGUAUAUUUGCGCUUUCCUUUCGUUAUUUAAAGUUGCCAUUGUAAAUACACCAUAUACUCAU